AUGGCCACCCCUAGUGUCCUAGCCUUUGACGCCGAGGGUCGCGCCAUUGAUUUUGAGGUCUGGCUAGAUGACCUGCAGCUUUUCUUACAGUGCGACAGAGCUGACAGCCUUUCUCUCUUUGACCUCACCUCUGGCGCCUCUCCUGCUCCUGCUGCCGAUGCUGAUCCCACUGUCCGCUCUCAGUGGGCCACCCGCGAUGCUGCUGCACGUCUUGCUGUGCGUCGCCACCUCCCUACCUCUGAGCGUGCGCAUUUUAGUCAGUACAAGAGUGCUCAGACCUUGUACGACGCUGUAGUUGCGCGCUACUCCUCUCCUGCCACUGCUGCACUGAGCCGUCUCAUGCUUCCCUACCUCUUUCCUGACCUCUCUGCCUUUCCCACUGUCGCUGACCUCAUUACGCACCUCCGCACUAGUGACACUCGCUACCGCGCCGCCCUUCCUGCUGAGUUCUGCGCUAAGAACCCCCCCCCCAUGUACAUCACUCUCUACUACGUAGUCGCGCGCCUCCCUGACUCCCUCCGCGGGUGCUCUCCUUCCCCCUUGCUGCCCUCUGUUGCCUCUGCUGCUGCGGCCGACCUGCUUGGUCUUGAGUCGGUCGGCGCGGCGUCUGCCCCUAGUGGGAGACGUCGCUCUGGCAAGGGCAAGGGGGGCAAGGGCGCGGGCGGAGCUGGAGGGGGCGGUGGCGGUGGCGGCGGGGGCGGCGGAGGAAGUGGGGGUGGCGGCGGGAGUAGUGGUAGUGGUGGUGGUGGUGGUGGCAGCAGCGGCGGAAACGGUGGUGGUGGUGGCACCGGUGGUGGUGGAGGCAGCAGCGGGAGUGGAGGCGGUGGAGGUGGAGGCGGUGGAGGUGGAGGCGGUGGAGGCGGCGGCGGAGGAGGCGGUGGUGGUGGAGGAGGUGGAGCUGGUCGUGGUGGUACCCAGCAGCGGAGCGGUGGUGGUGGUGGCCAGCGCUCGCAGCGGCAGCAGCAGCAGCGUUCGCGGGACAUCCCUCCGCCUCAGCAGCUUCGUGAGUGGUACGCUGCGCGUCAGAGGGGUGGGGGUACUGGUCCCUGCGCCUACGUUCUUCGUUCCGGCGACCGCGCGGGUGAGCAGUGUGGGGGUGCCCACUCCACCCAGCGCUGCUUUGGCCGCCUGACGGACGCUUGGCGUCAGCAGUUCCCCGGGGCUAGUGAGAUCCCUCGCUGGGAUGAGCUCCUUAGGGCUGGUGUAGCGAUCUUUGAUCUUGAUUUUGAUGCUAUCCUUUCUGCUAUGUAUGCUGUGACUUAUAGUGAGGAGUAUGAGGGUUACCGGUGUUUCCAGCCCGACCCGGGCAUUGGUACUGCUGCACUAGGUACUUGUGAGGCUGCUGCUCUAGGUGCCAGUGCGUCUGCGCUCUCAGGUACUAGUGAGACUGCGCUCUCAGGUGCUGGUGAGACUGCGCUCUCAGGUACUGCGUCGCCCUCGUCCUCCCUCACUUUCACACUUGACUCUGGGGCUUCUCGCUCCUUCUUUCGAGACUGCACUACCCUCACGCCGCUUGGCCGACCGGUUGCGGUCUCCCUUGCUGACCCCUCUGGGGGUCCUGUCCUAUCUCACUUCUCCACUGUCCUCCCGUGUCCGGCUGCCCCUUCGGGCACCCUGUCUGGUCUGUACCUUCCCUCGUUCUCCACGAACUUGGUGAGUGGUGCAGACCUCCAGAAUGCAGGGGUUCACCAGUUCACUCCUGCGAGGCGGCGGGUGACCCACUGCACGGACGCAGACACAGGCCGACACCUGGCCACCUUUUCGCGUCGGCCGGGGUCGAGUCUCUACACCCUGACCACUUCGUCUCCUCCUGUCCCUGUGUCUGGUCGGGUAGCUGCGUCACGUCAGGUGUUUGCUGCUGCGUCCCAGCCAGGUCCUGAGUCUGCCCCCUGUUCCUGUCGCCUCCUGUCUCACGAGACUCUCCUGUGGCACCACCGUCUAGGCCACCCCUCCUUGGCUCGUCUUCGGAGCAUGGCUUCCCGUGUCCUUGUCUCUGGUCUUCCCCGGUCUCUCCCUCCUCCCCCCCCCGGGCCAGGGCCUUCCUGUGUCCCCUGUGUCGAGGGUCGCCUCCGGGCUACUCCUCACUCCUCCCACUUCCCCCCGACAGAGGCUCCGCUGCAGACGCUUCACAUGGAUGUGUGGGGCCCGGCCCCCGUCCGUGGGCAGGGUUACGAGCGCUACUUCCUGUUGGUGGUUGACGACUACUCGCGUUACACCACAGUCCUCCCCUUGCGCAGCAAGGGUGCUGUCACUGAGGUGCUGAUCGACUGGAUCCGCGAGGCUCGUCUCCAGCUCAGGAAGAACUUCGGCUCUGACUUUCCUGUUCUGCGUCUGCACUCGGACAGAGGCGGAGAGUUCUCCUCUCGCCUUCUGCGAGACUACUGUCGUGCACGGGGGAUCCGCCAGACCUUCACGCUUCCGGACUCACCACAGCAAAAUGGGAUUGCUGAGCGCCGCAUUGGCAUGGUCAUGGAUGUCGCUCGUACGUCCAUGAUGCAUGCGGCUGCCCCCCAUUUUCUGUGGCCGUUUGCGGUGAGGUACGCGGCGCAUCAGCUCAACCUUCACCCGCGGGUCUCUCGGCCUGCGAUGUCCCCAGCCUUACUGUGGACGGGGAAGGUUGGCGAUGCGUCUGUGUUUCGUGUCUGGGGAUCUCGGGCGUUUGUCCGCGACUUGUCUGCGGACAAGCUGUCCCCUCGUGCUGCUCCCUGUGUCUUCCUUGGCUUCCCCACUGACGCCCCAGGGUGGCAGUUCUACCACCCCUCCUCUCGUCGUGUUCUGUCCUCCCAGGACGUCACGUUCGACGAGUCGGUCCCCUUCUACCGUCUCUUCCCCUACCGCACUCCUUCCCUCCCCCCUCCCCCGGACUUCCUUGUGCCGGUUCCCCUCCCGGUAGACCCCCUUCCCCCUCAGGUUCCUGCUCCCUCAGGUGUAUCCCAGGUAGACGCUGUUGACCCGGUCGGGGUUACUGGUGACUCUGGUGCUGCUGCGGGUACCGAGCCUGGGGGUGCUGACUCUGGGGGUGCUGUCCGCGGGGGUGCUGAGCCUGGAGGAGCUGCUGCUGGGGGUCCUGAGCCUGAGGGUUCUAGUGCGGAGGGUGCGGAGCCUAGGGGUGCUGCGCCGGGGGGUGCUGUCACUGGAGGUGCUGGGUCUGGAGCUGCUGAGCCUGGGGGUGCUGAGUUGGGAGCUGCUGCGCCUGGGGGUGCUGAGUCGGGAGCUGCUGCGCCUGGAGGUGCUGUGUCUGGAGCUGCUGAGCCUGGGGGUGCUGCGUCUGGAGCUGCUGCGCCUGGGGUUUCUCCUACUGCUCAGCCUCCCCGGAAGCCUCUCUCUCCACAGGAGCUGCGCGAGUGGUUCGCUCGCCGUUGGAGGCGUGCUGCUGAGUCUGGGGGUGCUGCUGGAGCUGGACCUGGACCUUCUUCGACUGCCGAGGGUGCUGGUGCUGUCGGUCCCGGAGCUGCUGGGCCUGCGGGUCCUCCUGGAGCUGGAGCUGCUGAGGGUGUUGGUGCUGAGAUUGCUGCUGUUGGUCCUGCUGCUGGAGGAGUUGGUGGCCCUGGUGCUGUCGCUGAGGGUGCUGGAGCUGUCCCUGCUGCGCCUGGAGCUGCUGAGCGGCCUCGACCGUACUUCGUUCCGCUCCUGCAGCAGGUUCUUGGUCUUUCUCCUCCAGUAGAGAGUCCACCGCCUGUCCAGUCGCAGUCCCUGCUGGAGCCUUCCUCUCCGCUACCUGCUCCCUCUCCUUACACUGGUCCUACUGGAGGUCUUGCUGAGCGUCGUGAGCCUGCGUCUCGUCCUGCGUCGCCUGUUCGUCCUGCUCGCGCUACUGGUCGCGGUUCGCGUCAGCGUCCUCCUCCUGUCCCUGGCACGCACCAGAUGUCUUUGCGUCCGUCCACUGCUCCUCUGCGUGCCCCUUUGCCUUCUCCUCCUGCGUCCUCUCUUCCUGCGCUUGCCGACCCUGUGUCGGACUCUCUGCGUGCUGCCAGUCCUACUGUCACGCGUUUCCUUGCUACUGUGGUCACUGACCCUUCUUUCGAGUCUUCUGCUGCGUCUGCCCUACUCACUGAGCUUGUCGACUUUGCUGCUCGCUGUCGCUUAGACUACGCUGCUAGUCUUGUUGCUGAGUCUGCGUCUGUCUGUCCUCCGUCCGUCGGGGGUGAGUGUGCUCUUGGCACGGACGUCCUAGAGGACAGGCAGGAGGAGUUACAGUGUCUAGCGGCUGCUUCACCUCAUCUCGCGUCUGUACUGCUUGCCCCUGAGGGAGACCCGGAUGCACUAGACAUCCCGACUCCGCGUUCUUACGCGGAGGCUGUAGAGGGUCCCUACUCCUCUCAGUGGCAGGCAGCUAUGGAUGCAGAGAUGGCUUCCUGGAAGUCCACAGGCACCUACGUUGACGCAGUUCCCCCUCCUGGGGCGAACAUCGUCAGUGUCAGCGGCAGGGAGUUGACUACUUUCAGACCUUCUCUCCCACUCCGAAGAUGA